GUGGCGGCCUUAUUUACGAAAACAUAUUUAAACUUCAUGUUUAGGCUGAUGGCUUUGCCAAAGCCUUAAUAAAAAAAGAAGAAAGUAUUUCAUAGUAGUCUGUGGAUCAUAGACUACGUCACAAAUUAGGAAGAUGCUCUUGUGAAUGAAGCAGUGUUUUCGAAAAAUACGGUUUUUGCUUGCGUGUUUCAAACUUGAUAUUAUCCUCAAUAACUACCAAACAACAAUGAAAAUAGUGUCAUGUCUAAAUCUUAUGACUUAGAUGUAGUCGUUGAUUGUGUUAAAACUUUAUUGGGCCAUAGUCGUUGCGUGAUUUGUGAUAAGUUGGAAGGGUCUCGUCGGAGGUACCGUUGUGGACACGCAGCAUGCGAAGAAUGCGUGGAAGGUGCUAGCCUCUGUCUUCUCUGCCUCACGCCUCCCGAGGCAUGUAAUCCGAACCACACAGAACCCGAUGGUCCAUUAACAUGUAGGGUGAACAACGUCUCUGCAUUGUACAAAGCUUGUCAAGAUUCUUUUGGAAUGGAUGUUUAUAAAAGGCACAGAAUAUCUGAACAAUUGAAAGUAGAGAAAGAAUUAUUCCCACAAUGUAUUCAAGCUCCACUGACUUAUUCUAAUAGAAAGAAAUCAGUUAAGCCUCAAUUGAAAGAUAAGGAGAACGACACAUUAUUUCUUCUUGGUGAGCAGAUUUCAUCUACCAAGAAAUCAAAGAUGAAGAAGUCUUUGAAUAAUGUUUCAAAUUGGCUUGAUGAAAAUGAUAUAAAAAUAGCUAAAAGUAGGCCACGACAGCCAUUUGCUGAUCUUAACGUUAAUCAAUGUAAUCUUCAGAGAGAAGCAACACCUAUUAAAAGUAGAGUUGAUGAAAAAGUUUUGGAGAAUAUAAAAAGUACCAUAAAAUUAAAUAAGAAGCGGUCUAAUUCUAAAAGUACUCGAUCUAUGAUUGACAGCCAAGCAGGAGGCACAGACUCAUUUGGUUGGACACCUAAGAAGUUAAAAAAGGAAUUUGAUCAAUAUGACAGAUUUAAUAAGAAUGAUAACGUUGAAAGUGAUAUUGUAACUAAUGAUGAACCAAUAGUGAUUGAUGACUCUCAGAGUCACAUCGUUGAUAAAGACCACCAAGCAUGGUUGGCUGUAGUGAAUGCAGAGAAAAAAUAUCCUUGUACUUCUAUACCUUCAAUUGGGUUAGAAUGUAGUGAGGCUAUAAAAUAUACUGAUGAUAUAGAGAGAAUUACUACAGAAUCUAUUGCAAGCUCAACUUACAAUACAACUUCAUUUAAUAAAGUGCCAUUUUUCAAGAAAAGUUACCUCAUAGAAACUUGCAACCUUUGUAAUAAUGUUGAUAACAAUAAAACAGUUAAGAAAUCUGCAGGCCAGGCUGAAGAUGUAAAAAUUACAAUUGAAAACAAUUGUUUUAUAACUACAAUUAAUGUGACUACAGUAAAUGAUAGACCUAAAAUUUUAGAAAAGCAAUCUACCUCUGUUCAGACAGAAAUUGAGAGGGUACCUGACUUCCAUAAAGUACAGUUAGAUGUUGAGAAUAAAUAUAAGAAAGACUCAGAUAAGUCUGUUACGUAUAGUCAAGAUUUGUAUACUGUUGAAAAUAAUUCUGAAAAAAACACUCAUUUUGAAAAUGUAGCAUAUACAAAAGAGAAAGCUAAUCUAAAAAAUACAACUGUUAAGAAAAAUACUAACGCAACAAAGCAAAUUAUAAUAGAGGAUUCGGACAAUGAGGACAUUGAUGAAUCAAGUGUUAUACAAGUGACAGCUGAUGUUCAUAGAUCUAGUGAUGAGAUGGAUUAUGGUGUCUUAACUGAAAUUGGAGAAAUGGAGCUUCAACAGAGGUCGAAGCAUUCUACACGUGGCCUUUCACCUAGUAGCUCCAACUCAUCAGAGAAGGAGAAUUUCGAUCCGAACAGGCAGAAGAGAUUGAAACUUGAGAAAAAAGACAUUGUCAAAAAAAAGCUAAGGAAACAUCCACAUAGUUUUAAAUUAAAAUCGAAUGUUCUGUGA